AUGGCGUCGAGAAAAUGGGACGAGCCAGGCACGCUGCCACGACCACCACUACACAACGAGGCACACGAUGAACUGAACAACUACCCGCAGGGUAUCCAAUUCGACGCGUCGACCCCGGUAAACGAGGGAUUUGUGGGCGAUACAGAAGCCUCGUACACCGGCCAGCCGGAUGAUGAUGACGUCGCGUCUACCGUAUCCGCGGCAUAUUACAUCGAGCCCCGCUUCACGCCAGGACCUCAACCCCCAGCCGCGCCACCACAGGAGAUUGUCGAUUAUUUGAGCCGAAACUUUGCCGAGGUGAAACGCGCCGAUCCGACGCCACGAAAGCGGGGCGGAAAAAGACUGGUUGACUGGCCGCGCCUCUUCGAAAAAGCGGGAAACCACAUGAUCCACACUGGGACGACGCCGAACCGCCCGAAUCCGCUGGUCGGCCGGCGAUUGCCGCAGAACCAUCGAUUUGUCAAUGCCCAA